GGACAAAGGAACAAUUGGAUACGUGCCAGUUAUAUCUACAACGCUGACUUUAUUGAUCUGUACACGUAUAUUCUAACCAAUAGCAUUGUAAAGGUGUAGAACUACAUUACAACGCGCAGUGUGUAAGUAAACCGUCCGCCCAAAUUAGGCAUAUGAUAAUUUUACCAGCCGGAAGGGUUUCAUUCCUGCUGUUUAUAUAGGCGCUUGAUUUACAAGCAGUUUUAUGAAUGGGCUACGACCACAACUCGGCUACAUUCCAGUAUUUACUAAGCAGGCGGUGAGAUAUCAACACUAACGCAACUACAAGGAACGUAUCACAAUACUAUGGCAUUCAGAGUUAACGUUUAUCAGCUGAAGCAGGUGAUGGAAAACGAAAUGGUGAAUUCAAAAACAGCUAGUAAGGUACUAAUUGUGGACAGUCGCCCAUACAUAGCGUACAAUGAAGAACACAUAACCGGGGCUUGCAAUAUGUAUUGCCCCCCAAUUUUAAAGAGGAGAUUCGCAAACGGCGGACAAGUUCACCUUGAGUCCAUGUUGGGAGUGGAAACGAAAAACAGACUCAUAUCUGGACAAUUUUCUACGAUUGUUGUUUACGACCAGGAAGGACCGUGUCUCCCUUCUCUGAACACCCUAAACAACAACGGUUUGGGGGUAGAUAUUUCCGACCUCAACAUCGUCUACCGUACCUUAUGCAAGCUCGCCAAAGAUGCAAAAUGUUUAAUACUAAAAGGUGGUUACAACACAUUUAAACAGCAAUUUCCGUCACUAUGCACCAAGCAGAACCAGGAGGAUACAAUUUCUAGCGCCAUCGACACCUCCAACUCUAGACUCUUUCGCAACGUCUCGGUCCCGUCUGAGCCGGUAGAGCUUCUCCCCCACCUGUACAUCGGUAACGCCCUGAGCGCCGCCGGCAAGGACGUCCUUCUAAACCACGGCAUCACCGCCAUCUUGAAUGUUUCAAACAAUUGCCGGAAUCAUUUUGACGCCGACUUCCGGUAUAAGAAUAUCCCAGUCGACGACAACCCACUGGUUGACUUAUCUACCUGGUUCAUGGAAGCCAUUACGUUCAUAGAUGAGGUCAAGCGUCAUGGCGGGAAAACUCUCGUGCAUUGUCAGGCAGGAAUCAGCCGAUCAGCCACGAUCUGUCUGGCUUACAUCAUGCAGAGCCAAUGUCUGAGUUUGGAUGAAGCUUUCGAAUUCGUCAAGUCUCGUCGGAGCGUGAUUUCACCAAACAUAAGUUUCUUGCAGCAGCUUCUAGACUUUGAGAAAGAAAUUCAAACGCGAAAUAACAAGAGGAAGUACUCGCCUCCGGCGUCCCCGUGUCGGCUUGUGACAUCUUCAUCGCCGGCAUUUUCUUUCUUUGGUCACGAGGAAAUGCCACAGACCGCCAUAUUGCACAGCCCUGUGCAAUUGCUGCAGAGUCCGGUACUAACCUUCACCUGAAAGUUUGACGUACACCCCAGUACCCAGGAAACUAGGUGAAAACCACAUCAUCCAUUUUGUGGGUUUUUGUCCUUCAGACGCCUCAUUUAAGGCCGACUUCAAGCGAAUCAUUGAAGAAGGAUGGCUGCCAGUUUUGUAGUGUUGUCUAAGACGGCAUGGUGGACAGUGAGAGAAAUGUUUAGGAUGAUUUGAACCUGCCGUACAACAAGAUACUUGAGUGUGUACGGGAAGACGAUGAUACGGUGUCAUAAUAUGGCUGCACACUAAUUGAAACUGACGACGCACGACUGUACUAGAUAGACAUACAGGCUACCGAGAGUUGCAUUCCAUCAUAUGUUGUUAUACGGGUUACUGAACCUAUCGUUGUCGAAUCGCACUGAUCGGUGCAACCAUUACCAUUUAAGACUGAUGAGCAGGCGAGAAACCCAGAUGAGUGUUAAGACACAGAAAGUGGACAAUGACAUUGAUGCGUUUCCGUCGCCAAAUUUUUAUGUAAGAGACAUUUCCUACAAUGGCGAUCGUAUUAAAAGAUGGUGCAAUAUGGCCGGAAGUCACGUUUUCAGGCCGGAUGUACAUACCCUUUGUCACGUGAUCCACGUUUUAUGCAUUUUUUUACCCAUGAAUGUCUGCAGAAGCUGUCAUUGAAUAUUGAUAAAUACUAUGUAUUUUUAUAUGUUACCGCAAUAAUGACAUAUUUCCGAAAAAACACUACAUCUUGUAACAGAGGCCCGGGAAAAUAAAGUAAAUGAUGUCUUAAUAAACGGAUGUCUAUAAGAAAUUCAAUCUAAAUUGAUCGAUGUUAAAUAAACUUUAGAUCAGAAAUUCAGUAUCGUUUUUGGCACCAUGCUAACCGCGUUUUUACAAGAAAUUCAUUGUUUUGUCUUAUAACGUUAACCAAAGGUUUGCUAGAUUUCCCUCCAAAAUUCAGUAUACCCGUUUUUCCCACUCGCCCCAAAUAUUUAAAUGAUGUCCGAACAGAUGUUCCCAAACGUAAACAAUGAUUCGGCAAGAAAAGACACGUGAUUUUGAUGUUGUGAUAAUUAUAGACUAUUUUUAAGUAUGACUAACUGUGAUACAUGUUUAGUGUCAAUUUUAAUUGAUUCAAUCGUGUUUGAGAAUCAAGAAUUUGUAAUUUUGUAGAUGUAUAAAUACAUAAUUUAUUUAUUUUUCGUAUACAUGUUUGUUUGUUGUUUAAAGACACUUGUAUAGAUAGAUUUUAUAUUGAACGUACAAAUUAUGCACAUUUACUCUCAUUAGGGAAGAUAAUGACUAAUUAUUCAUUAAUUUAAUAAUAAACAAAAAAAAUCCUUAAGAAAAUUUAAAAUUAAUUGUAGAAAAUAACCAUACAAACCACUCUUGAAAAGGAAUUAUAAACAGAAAGGAAAAUACAAAAUAUCGUCUAAACUUGGAAAAAUCGGGUUUUGUUUCUUGAAAAAGCAACACACGUUCACUUAAACAUUUGUAUCGAAGAUUUCCGCGUAACUAAACAUCGAUACAUCAUCAUUUUGAAUUUUAUUUUCAAAGUGCACCUUAAACUAACGAAAAAAAUAUUAUGAAGAUGUUACACGUUUUUUAUCUAAAUAUAUUUUCACAUAUUUUCAUUAUCAUACGAAAUUAAUACGCACAAUUUCGAAGUUUUAUAUAUCCCUUUCUGAUACAUUGAUAAAUAUAUAUGGUAUAUAUUUUAAACACUCUUAACUUAUUCACCCCUGAAGACACAUUUAAACUCUUCCAAUUCAAAGGUUGGAAUAGUUCAUUAUGAAAUUUCAGGGGUGAAUGAUUUUAACGUUACAUCUGGAUAUUGUAUUUGAUCUGUCAAAACGUUCUUUAUAAAGGAAAUAUUUUGAAAUGGAUGCUUAACCCAUUCACCCCUGAAGUCACCGUUGAACCGUACCAAAUGAAAGAGUGGGCAAGUCCAGAUUAGAUAUGUAGGGGUGAAUGGGUUAAAGGGAUUCAGUGUAAGGAAUAAUGUACUUUAAUUCUGUUAAUCUGUUACAAACAUUUGAUGGAUAAAUAUAUAAAUGUACAGGGAAUUUCAAAAUAUUUAUUUAUGGUACGUGCAAAACAUGUUUGUUUUGAUACUUGUGUAACGUGGUCGCCAGUUCAAGAGAGAGAGUUCAAGGUAGUCUUGACCAAGAUCAGGGCGACCAAAUCAAGUUCAUUUUUGGACACCUGCGUAUAAUUCUAAAGUAGCACUUCAAUAUGUUCAAUUUAGAUUAUGAAGGUUGAAUAAAAAAUUGGAA